AUGGUGAUCACUGGUGUCAGGGUCCUAACUCUGUCUGCACAGCAGCCCAGCCAUACAGCCAGAGACCCCGAGACCUGCAGGACCAAGUAUGCUCCCCUGGGCAUUCACCAAGGACUUGUGGAAAUGGAGGCUCCUGGGAGAAGUGACUUGCUUAGGGGGAGGGUAAUGAUGACAGUAAGGUUUAGCACUGAAUCCAGUUUGUCCUUAGGUCCGUCCAUCCCCUCUCUUCCUGUGAAAAGGUUUUGGACAUUAUACAACCUGCCUUGCUUACCCAUGUCAAGGACACCCAUGGACAGGGGUCGCCCUGACCUCCUCACUGCUGUCUUUGGUCCUCAGCAUCUGAAAUGGCUGCAGACUUCAGAUUAA